AUGCCACCCCCUAAUCCAAAUUACCAAUACCAACAAGCCAGUGACACCCAAAAUCCAACCCCAUACCGAAUCUUUACCAAUUUAGGUCGGCCUGUUGACCAGUUAUAUAAGCAAUUGAAAGCUGCUGGGAAGAUUGGUACGGUACCCCCUAAGACCUAUUCCAAAGGAUUUCCCAUUGAUUAUGAUCCUCAGUCAUUUUGUGCUUAUCAUUCGGGAGCCCCUAGACAUUCAACGGCCAAUUGCUGGGUGCUUAAGCAUAAAAUUCAAGAUAUGAUCGAGACCGGAGACAUAGUUCUAAGAAGGAGGGAUGAACAAAGGCCAAGUGUUAGCAACAAUUCUCUUCCCGCGCACAAGGAUACCGUAGGAGCUGUUACCACAGAGGAAAAGAUUGAGGAACCUACACAGUACAUUGUAGACGAAACUGAGAUAAUAGGGGUCAUCGGAGAACCGUUCAUACUGGAGGAAGAAGCCUAUGAAGUCAAGGAAAAUACUGAUCCAUUUAUUCUGGAAAUGAUACCUUUCGAAUGUGAGCCUUCGGAGCUCGUGGUACUUGAAUUCGAGCCUACAUUGCUAAUUGGAGGAGAGAAGGUGCCCAAGAAGGAGGUGGAUGCUAUUAUUAGAUCUGGAAGAAUCAUAGGGGAACCCGCAGUUGAUGAAUCUUCAAAAGCAAAAGAAAGUGCUACGCCAACAAAACCAGUUGUGACAGACGAAGAGGCCUUUAAUUUCCUUAAGAUGUUGAAGAAGAGUGAAUACAAAGUGAUUGAGCAAUUGGAUAAAAUGCCUGCUCAAAUUUCUAUGUUAAACCUACUUUUGACUUCUGAACUUCAUAGAACAGCUUUACUCAAAGUGUUAAAUGAGGCUCAAGUUCCUAAAAUCAUUCCAAUUGACAAAUUCACCAAUGUAGUUGAACAUGUUUUGGCUCCCAAUCGGAUUUCUUUUUCUAAUGAAGAUCCAACUGCCGAAGGGAUUGGAUACAACAAAGCCUUGUAUAUCUCAGUCCGCUGUAACGGAAAACUUUUGCCAAAAGUUCUGAUAGACAAUGGAUCCGCCCUCAAUAUCUAUCGCUGGAAUACCUUGAUUAAGUUGGGGUUUCAAGAGGCUAAAUUGCGGCCGUCUACCACCGUGGUGAGAGGAUUUGAUGGCGCGAGAAGGGAACCAAUGGGGGAGGUGGAUUUAGUGCUGGAGAUCGGACCUGCCCAAUUCCAAGUCAUGUGCCAAGUCAUGAAUUUUUCAAGUGUUUACAACGUUCUCCUUGGACGGCAUUGGAUUCACACUUCGAGCACUAUACCAUCUUCGAUCCAUCAAAUGUUGAGAUUUGUCGUGAAUGGCCAAUUGAUUACAGUUUUUGCGGAGGAUGAUUGUACAAUGAUUGUUAAUUCUAGAACAAAUGGGGAAAAUAGUACAGAAUCUCUGGUUUCUCCUCACCAUGUGGCUGAUAUUGCCUUUGUGGGAUGGAUAUCUAAGGAGAAACCAGUGGUGGAAAUGAAUUUGCCGGAAGCUAGUGUUAUGAUGGCUAAAGAGAUGAUUCGAGAAGGAUAUGAGAUAGGCAAGGGUCUUGGGUGCAACCUACAAGGAGUUUUGGAACCAAUAGAGCUUCAAGAAAAGAAGGACACUUUUGGAUUAGGAUUUCAACCUACUGCCAGAGAUAAGAAAGAGAUGUCGGAUAGCAAAAGGGCGAAGAAGGAAGGGAGACAACUUAUCAUGAGCAUCCCACCAUUGUACUGCACUUUUCCUUAUCCAUCGGAGGUGAUUAGACUUGAAGUGGACCCGAUCGAGGAAGUGGAGGUUGGAUUAUCUGAGCUAUUUGUGGGGGUUACUUCUGAAGGGGAGCCGUUGGAGGACCCAAGAUUUCCAGAGGUGCCUAUUGAAGCAAUGAAGAACUGGACCAGUGAUCUCCUUCCCUCCUGCAGGGAAUUUCGGUAA